ACCACAUGACGGGGCACACCAAGGAGAAGCGUUAUGAGUGUGACGUGUGCAGCAAGGCCUGGCAGCGCCCGAGCGAGCUGGAGAUCCACCGGCGGGUGCACACGGGAGAACGCCCCUUCAACUGCUCAGAAUGCGACAAGAACUUCACAUGCAACAGCAGCCUGCUGCGGCACAACCACGUGCACUCUGACAAGAGGCCUUUCGGCUGCUCCGACUGUGGCAAGAGCUUCAAGGGGGCGAAUCACCUGAAGAAUCAUCAGCGAGUGCACACAGACGAGAGGCCCUUCACCUGCUCCGACUGCGGCAAGAGCUUCAAGACGAUGAAUGAGCUGAAGAUCCACCGGCGGGUGCACACAGGCGAGAAGCCCUAUGGCUGCUCCACCUGUGGCAAGAGUUUUGCCUGGUUGUCGGGGCUGUGGGAUCACCGGCGGGUGCACAGCGGUGAGCGGCCCUACACCUGCUCCGACUGCGGCAAAGGCUUCAAGUCGUCCACGGAACUGAAGCAGCACAGGCGCGUGCACACCAGGGAGCGGCCAUACACCUGCAGCGACUGCGGCAAGGGCUUCACCCAGGCCCACAGCCUGCUGGAGCACCAGCGCACCCACACCGGCGAGCGCCCCUACACUUGUGCCCAGUGCGGCAAGGGCUUCACCCGCUCUGACAUCCUGCUGGUGCACCAGCGCACCCACACCGGGGAGCGGCCCUACAGCUGUAGCGACUGCGGCAAGGGCUUCACCCACUCCACCUAUCUGCUGUCCCACCAGCGCACCCAUACCGGCGAGCGCCCCUACACCUGCACCCAGUGCGGCAAGGUCUUUGCCCGCUCCAGCAACCUGGUGGUGCACCAACGCACACACACUGGCCAACGCCCCUACACCUGCGCCCAGUGCGGCAAGGGCUUCACCCAGUCCAGUCACUUGCUGGAGCACCAGCGCACCCACACCGGCGAGCGCCCCUAUACCUGUACGCAGUGCGGCAAGGGUUUCACCAGCUCCACCUAUCUGUUGUACCACAAGCGCACUCACACUGGUGAACGCCCCUACACCUGCGCCCAGUGCGGCAAGGGCUUCGCUCGCUCCAGCAACCUACUGGUGCACCAGCGUACCCACACUGGCGAGCGUCCCUACACCUGCACUCAGUGCGGCAAGGGCUUCACCAGCUCCACCUAUCUGCUGUACCACCAGCGCACCCACACCGGUGAGCGCCCCUACACCUGCAUCCAGUGCGGCAAGGGCUUCAUCCACACCUCCAGGCUGCUGUCCCACCAGCGGGUGCAUGCCGGUGACCGUCCCUUCCCCAGCCCAGUGUGUGGAUAGAGCUUUGCCAUAGCCUCCCACACCCUGUCUUGCCAGUGCGUGCACACCAGUGGCCAGUCCUACAACUGACAGUACUGCGGUGAGGAGCUUGACAGAUCGCGGGGGUUGCGGCAGCACUGGCGGGCCCACGCCGAAAGGCAGUUGCUCCCACUACGGCAAGCAUUUCAAGAAUGUUUCUAGAAUGCACCAGCGAAUACUGUCGUGGUUUAGAGACUUAAAGUUGGAUAAGAUGACACAGACACGGAGAAUUCUUCAAAAAGACGAAAGCCUUUAUUUGCAAACAAAACAGCUGGAACAUUCAGAGAUUACAGAUCACCUGUCUGUUCUCUAACUGCUCUCCGAUUAACAGAAACGAGUAGCUUUUAUUUCAGUUCUUUAGCCCUAUCUGCUUCUUUACCUUGCGUGCUGUAAUCCUUUCACAUCAAUCUAUCAUCAGUUCUAAUAUUUUCUGCCUCGCCACCAUUAAAUCCCGACCUUGGUUAAAUCUUAUUUAACUUACAUUUCCUGUUCAUAUCUUUUCCUCUUUCGCCACCCUUAAAUUCCAACUGUUACUCUAAUCUCCCAGCUGCAUCUACUUUGCCACCCUUAUGUUUUAGCUACAGCCAAGGUUACACACACCAUAUUAUAAUGUUACAUAUUAGUUUAAGUUUAGUACAAAGAUACAAAUGUAUUUAUUAAGAAUACAGAUACACCACACAAAAGUAAAAUUAAGCUUAAGUAAAAGUAAAUAACUUGUUUAGCGCCUUGAUUACUAGAUAAAUGUUAAGUGCUGCAAAACUAACAAACACGUGAAUCUGAGUACAAUAUAGCUGACAUGAUAUGCUGGCUAUGAUAAAUGUCUUAAUUAAGUCUUCUAUAACGUCCAUAUAACUCCUCCAUUUGAGACUCUCUGAGUCUCAUCAGACAAAGAAAACCACACACACAUGGCCCAAGUCUAAUCACCCAUAGAGCCCUAAAAUAUAGACUCUUAAUUAAGUUUGCUUAAUGCUGUGUAGUAUUCUUUCUCUGGCUCCCUGAGAAACUGGCCAAAAACCCACCCCCAUUACGUGAGGCAGGAAAAAAGACCCAGCUUCCCUCACAGACUUCAUUUAGCAUUUUCCAAACACUUCUUCACCAUCGUAGUAGUAUUCUAUCACCGAUGUCCACUUUCCUUUAGGGCCGGAUUCGUCUGCACCCGUUAUCAUUGGCAGUUGCUUCACAGUAGCUUUCACCAGGAGGGACUUAAUACAGGGGAAAACACAGCAUAACAUUAUUGCCACUGCAAGUAGUACGACCCCAAUGGUCAGACCAAUUUUAAUCAGCCAUGCUCCCCAACCCCCCUACAUGCUCUCCAGCCACCCAAACAAUUGAUGUCCAAACCCUGCGUUUCAUUUAACCUCACUCCUUAUGUUUUUUAACUUAUCCAUGGCUUUAGUAAAGGAUCCCUCCGGGCUGGUGUUGUUAGGGAUAAAGGUACAACAGUACAAAGAGGACACAAACACCCCCUUUCUCAGCCAGCAACCAAUCCAGAGCCUGCCUAUUCUGCCAUGCCAUCUUACUAGUGUAAUCAAGUUGGUCCCCCAAGGUCGACAGUGCGUAAUUAAUAAACCUCUGUUGAUUAUAAUAGAUGUAGUUAAUCCAUUCCGUGUUUUUAGGCGUAAUCCAGAAAAGUAUUGACUCCAGUCCUGCAGCAAUUUCAUUCAUGGCUUUAAAUUCAUUAGGGAUUCCUCUCGGUUGCCCUAUUGCAUCCAGAUACACUCCGUCAGGUAACUAAUCAAAUGCUCUCUUCCUACGGGUCUGUGCGAACAUCUCUGCUGGACUUAUCAUAAGGACAGGUUGUGCCAACAUCACCCUGGCACACAAUCCAGUCCAAUAGAGCGGCAGUGUGUUUCUAGGCUUACUUCCGCACAUCCAAAACCUAUCAGCUACAGCCACAUCUGCUGUCAAAAUAGCCAUGCACUGUGGUAGUAUAACAGCAACAUCUGCUCUCGGCACGGCUUUAGCCAAUUUGUAUGGGUUCUGGUGAUUACAUACCCACACCCUGUUACAGUGGCCUGGAAAAGUUCCUACCAGGUGUGUGCCAUUCGCUGCAAGGUAGCAUUCAUACUGUGUUGUAGAUGUAACCCCAACCUCUGGUGGUGGCUCUGGGUAUGGUUUUCUUACCUCCGUGAAGUUCCAUAGAGAACAGUGUUCUUUCGCAAGUGUCACUUGUGACGAUCCUGGUGCAUUUAAACACUCUAUUGGGCAAUUAGACAUGUCGUCCCAGCGUGUCACAGUUCGUAG